CAGUAGGGAACAGAGAAGAGACAGAUGGUUCUGUCAGUGGGUGCAGGAGAAAUGACGAAAUAGAGAGAGUGUAAAAGGAGCGAUGAGAAAGCAAAACAAGCUCGUCGUCGCUCCUUGAAAAAAGUUGUCUUUCUCCUACUCUCUCAUUACUCACUCCCAAACCCUCCCUUCCUCUUCUUCGCCCUCUCUGUCUCUGUGUGUGAUGAUAAACGUAUAAAACGACGUCGUUGAUCUUCACUAUAUGGUUUCAUAGUGCUGGUGGAGGUUUGGGGCAGCUGAGUUAACUCUAGACGAGUUAUGGGUUGUUGCGGGUCGUCCUUGUUAAGGAAACCAAUCCCGGAAGACAAAGUUCACCAACGACAGAGCCACUCAAACGGAAAAAACAACCACGCUAUUCCGCCAGCAAAUGGUGGUGACACCGGAGGCGUCGGUUCCAGCAGUGUGCCCACAUUUGCCGAGUUCUCGCUCGCCGAUUUGAAGGCGGCCACUAACAAUUUCAGCCCUGACUUUAUUGUUUCUGAGAGCGGUGAGAAAGCCCCCAAUGUCGUCUAUAAGGGGCGUUUACAGAACCAGAACAAUCGGCGCUGGAUUGCCGUCAAGAAAUUCACCAAAUUGGCUUGGCCCGAUCCCAAGCAGUUCGUUGACGAAGCGUGGGGUGUCGGGCAGUUGAGGCAUAAGUGGCUUGCAAAUUUGAUAGGUUACUGCUGUGAUGGCGACGAGAGGCUGUUGGUGGCGGAGUAUAUGCCCAACGACACCCUUACGAAACACCUUUUCCACUGGGAAAAUCAAACAAUAGAGUGGGCCAUGCGUUUGAGAGUUGCCCUGUAUAUUGCUGAGGCUCUGGACUAUUGUAGUUCUGAAGGUCGUCCAUUGUACCAUGACUUGAAUGCAUACAGGGUUCUCUUUGAUGAGAGUGGAGAUCCCCGGCUUUCGUGUUUUGGAUUGAUGAAAAAUAGCAGUGAUGGAAAAAGUUACAGCACCAACCUUGCUUAUACACCGCCAGAGUAUUUGAGAAAUGGAAGGGUUACUCCUGAAAGUGUUACAUUCAGCUUUGGGACUGUUCUAUUGGAUCUUAUCAGUGGAAAGCAUAUCCCUCCUAGCCAUGCUCUUGAUAUGAUAAGGGGUAAAAAUAUUCUUCUCUUAAUGGAUUCACAUUUGGAGGGGAACUUCUCAAAAGAAGAGGCAACUGUAGUCUUUGAUCUUGCCUCGAGAUGCUUGCAGUAUGAACCUAGGGAGCGGCCAAAUGCCAAAGAUCUUGUUGAAACACUUGAUCCACUGCAAAAUAAACCAGAAGUUCCAUCCCAUGUGAUGUUGGGAAUCCAAAAGCAUAAGGAAGCACCACCUACUCCACAACAUCCUCUUUCUCCGAUGGGAGAUGCCUGUUCGAGAAUGGACCUCACAGCUAUCCAUCAGAUAUUGAUAAUGACACACUACAAGGAUGAUGAAGGAACAAAUGAGUUAUCUUUUCAAGAGUGGACUCAACAAAUGAGAGACAUGUUAGAGGCAAGGAAGCGUGGGGAUGUUGCAUUUCGUGACAAAGAUUUCAAAACUGCUAUAAAGUGUUAUUCUCAGUUUAUAGAUGUCGGAACAAUGGUCUCUCCAACCGUUUAUGCACGGAGAAGUAUUUGCCAUCUCCUUUGUGAUCAGCCGGAUGCUGCUCUUCGUGAUGCAAUGCAAGCGCAAUGCGUCUACCCUGAUUGGUCCACAGCAUUUUAUAUGCAAUCUGUUGCCCUUGCCAAGCUGGACAUGCAGAAGGAUGCAGCCGAUAUGUUGAAUGAGGCUGCUGCAUUGGAAGAAAAGAGGCAAAGAGGUGGGAGAGGACCUUCAUAAGCUGAUCUCUAAUAUUUUUUUUUUGUAACCUGGGCUCUGAUCAAUUGUUGUGGUGGUUGUAACAAAAUGAAAGCUGGGAAUGUGAUUUUAUGUUGUGUACCAUAGAGGAAGGGAGCCGAGUUCUUCAAAGCUCACUGCUGUGCUAUUUGUUUUUCUUCUUGUUAUUGAAAUAAUCAAAUUGGUUCGCAAUCUGUAAAUGCCGUCUAAAACAGAUGAUACUUACCUGGGUGGAAUUAAGUAAGAUUUGGGCAACUUUUUGUCGCAGAAAUAUUUGAAUAUGAAUGGACGUAAUGGUUAA